GCAUGUGGAAGGAGCAAUGGUCACCCUUCUGUGCUAUUUUUCUAUAAUUUGAUUGCUUUGAUAAGACUCCAGUAACUAGCUCACUAAGCAUGCCUGUGACAUGCAGUUAAAUUCCAUUAGGGCUCUUUAUGGGAUUGAGGACUGGUCCCAUGUUUUUUGUUGAAAAAACAUGUUUCGGUUAACAUGGCUCUCAUGAAGCAGGAUUAUGUACGGUAACUGAUAUUAAGGUUCAUCCAGAAAAACAUGUCCCUGUCAGAAAAACAAAAAACAACAGUCUCUUGGAGCUCUAGCUUCUCUUAAUUUUCCUGAAAUUAUUUUUUAUUUACCAGAAGACAUUUAGGUAUCCCAGUGACACAAGCUGUGUGAUCACAUUGUAGCUAUGUGCUAGAGCUUAGUUCAGCUCAGUGCAGUGCAUAAACCAAUGUGACUGAGCCAUGGUGUACCUUGUCCACACUGCUCACUGGCAGUUCCUGGGCCUGGUGCUAGCAGUGCUGGGCUUGAUUCUGACUGCUGCCUCCAGCGGAGUGAAUGAUUGGAGGGUGUGGUACGUGGAGGACAUGUCUGUCAUCACCUCUGGCGUGGCCUGGGUGGGCAUCUGGAGGGCCUGUUUCUACACCCAUGUACUCGACACAACAGAGUUCUGUCAAAGCAUUAGCAUCAUGGACCCCUUUGUUCCUCCAGAGAUCGCUGCAGCACAGGUGCUGUGCAUGACUGCUGCUGUUGUAGGAAUCGCUGGAAACCUGGUUGCCGGAUACGCCGUGAAACAGGUCUACUUCAACAUCCAUGCGAGCCACAUCAAACUUGCUUUCUCCCUAGCUGGCACCUUGUACUUCCUCACAGCAGCAUGCUCAUUGGUUCCUGUGAUCUGGAACAUGAGUGUGGUGCUGGUUAACUCUACUAUAGAUUUUCCUGCAGAGUUCCAUCUGCCACCUGCGCCAGUUAAACAGGAAGUGGGCUUGGGCAUUGUAAUAGGGGCUGGUUCCUCUCUGCUGCUCAUUAUUAGUGGGAUGCUCUUCGUGUGCUACAGGCAACCAAUUAAAUCCCAGAAAUCUUUGUCCCAGCCUGUAAGUACAGAGGAGGAGGAUAGUGGUAUCAUAAACCGCAGGUCUCAUGGCUUUCACCAUGGUAUGACAGAAAGCAGGGCGUAUGGUCAAGUUAACCUAGCUUUUGAGAGAGAGGAGACCUUUUAAUGAAGAUCUCUGAAAGUCUGACCUCCACCAGGUGAAAUUAGCCUUUGCCUUCCUUCUUUUUGGUCACGUUUUUUGACAUUUAACUCAUACAACUCUCAAAUACUCUUUCAUUAGAGGAAUCAUAUUCCAAUCAUCCUGAGAGACCCAACAAACACUGAAGGAUGGUACUAUACAUAGGUUUUCUGGUGUUGGAGCUGACCACAACCAAUAGGAAUUCAUUCUACUCCAACAUGAAAUGAUAGUGUAAUGGGUUCUUUGAUGAGUUCAUAAUCACUGAAGCAUCCACUCCCAAUGUACCUGAAAGGGUGCAACUUAAAAGUGAUAAUAGCACUUCAAUAUUUCAUAACAUUCUAUUUAAAAUCUUGGUCCAACUCCAACAGAAUCUUUUGUUAGCCAUGUAAGUAAAAUAUACACUCCAUUUUAAAGAAAAACACUUUUUUCUUUGACUGUCCAAAAUAAUUGAUGUGCUUCAUUUGGCAUGAGAGAUUUUUCAAAAGGAUUUAAAAGUUAAGAUAAGACUUUAUGCUGUAAUAAUUUUGAAGCUAAAGGUAGCUGUCAUUCACCAUUCACUGUUCUUGUAACGUUGUAUUUACGUAUUAACAGGUAAAGCAUACCUCUAACAAAUCCAGUACGAAGGGAUGUUGCGUUGGCAGGAUGUCAUUAGCUUGGUUGCAGACUAUCCCAUCUACAUGCUUUUUUUGUGAAUAUCUGCAUCUCACAAAGGAGUGUUAACUGAGCAGGAAACAAUUUUGGGAAUUCCAUUUUAUGUAUUAUUCUUACUCACAUAAAGCACAGAGAAGUUUAAUACAAUCAGAUGCAUUUUAAAAGCACUGAAUUACAGUGUAUUACAUUUUUGUGUUGGGCAUUAAUUCUAUACUUUGUAAUUAAGCCUUUUUUAAAAAUACAAUAAUGGGUCAUUACAUAAGUUACUUCCUAUAAUAGCUUAGAAUUGCUGCUCAUGUAGCUCUUUCUGUAAUACAAAUAACACAGACAUGACCGAGGGUUGCAGCAUCCCAGUUCU